UAUAUCAUACUCAAGCCUCAAUAGUGGGUUAAUGAAUUUUAUGAUACAAAUCUCUUUUGAAUGUAAUAAUAUAUACAUAUACCACCCCUGUGUUGUGUUUUGUUGUCAUCCUUCAGUGAAAGUAAAAAUUUCCUAUUCAAGGAAGUAAGAGUUGGUAAUAUUUGUUUGUAUGCAAUUACACUGCAUACAGAAAAAGUUAUUUGUAGCUAGUUUACCAUAUAUUUGUACGGUCCAAAGUAAAAAUAUGUCCAAUUCUCAAAUAAGCAUUCAUGAAAUGCUCAAAGACACGCCUUCAAUGAAUGAAAGUGAUAGUGCUAUACAUUCUGGUACAGAAGAUAGUAGAGUAUACAAACCUUCGAAUAGCCUUGCCCUAAAGAAUUAUUCAGCACCUUCUACGCCGAUAGUACUAUCUAGUCCUAAAAUUGCGGUAGAUUCAAGUUUAGUACGCGUAGGUGCUUCUAAAAUAGAUUCUAUUAAAAGCUGGAGUAUAUCAACUUAUAAAUGUACACGUCAAAUUAUGUUUGAAAAAUUGGGCAAAUCACAACGAACCGUUGACUCGGAGUUAGAAGCACAAAUAGAACAAUUAAGAGAAACACAGCGAAAGUAUUUGUCCAUUCUACGUUUAACAAGAGCUUUCAGCUCUCAUUUUCAUCAUAUUGUCAGCACGCAGCACUCUUUAGCGGAGGCAUUUGCAGAUUUGGCACAAAAAAGUCCUGAACUGCAGGAGGAAUUUACGUGUAAUUCUGAAGCACAACGAAAUCUAACGAAGAACGGCGAGUUACUUUUGAAUGCUCUUAAUUUUUUUAUGUCUUCUAUUAACACAUUGUGUAAUAAAACCAUAGAUGAUACUUUGAUCACUAUCAGACAAUAUGAAACUGCAAGAAUCGAAUUUGAUGCUUAUCGUAUGGAUUUAGAAAGUACGAAGCCAGAAUUGCUUCAAAAUCAAUUUUCCGAAGAUGUGGAAAAAAAAUUUGUACGACAUAGAAAACUCUAUGAAAAACUAAGAGGAGAUGUUUCUGUCAAAAUGCAGUUUCUUGAUGAAAAUAGGAUUAAAGUGAUGCAUAAACAGUUGGUUUUGCUACAUAAUGCCAUUGCAGCUUAUUUCUCAGGAAAUGCUAUAGUCCUUGAAAAUACACUUAAACAAUUUAAUAUCAAGUUGAAGGCACCGAAUUCUUCAACAGGAUCCUGGAUAGAACAAUUUUAGAACUUAAUGCUAGAUGACAGCAUCGCAAUGUCAACAUUGCGAUUUAAUUUAUUUGUGUUAAAACAUAUAUAGGAAAUAUAAAUAAAAAUUAUAAAUGUAAAUAUAUUACAGUCAUUUAACAAAAAAGAUACAUUAUAAUACAAAAGAUAUGUAUACAGUGAUUAACAUAAUUAUUGAGGCAACAAGCAUAUUGAACUUUAAUAUUGUUUUUACCCUAUUAAUGUAGCGAUUUGUAACCAACAAAAAUUUUUUAGAUAAAAUGCUUAAUUUACAAUUAAAUUCAUUUUAUUUUAACAUAUUAUCUCAAUUAUGUAACUUUUUAAAAUUAAAAAACCAAAAACAGUACUACAUUUUGAAGAACAAAAUUAUUAGCACACUUAGGUUCUAAUAACAUAUUUUAACAUGAUUUCAUCGAUCUGACACCUUUUUCCUAGAAAAAGCUUGUUAUUAUAUUAUAUUAUACUAUAUUAUAAAUGAUGUGGUGGUUUAGUUUCUAGUUAAAAACGUUAUAAUGCCUAUAAUAUUAACUAUUGAAGAAUAAAAAACGAAGAUGGCAA